AAAGUAAUAUCGAUGGCCCAGGUAGGCAAAUAAGAAGUAAUUGUAGAUAGACCAAGUAGACAAAGAAGUCAUUGAACGUCGGAGAAAAAAAAAAACAAAAACCAAAGAGAAAUAACGAACGUGCACGAGAUUAGUAAUUUAAAAAAAUGGGAUAUUAUGUAACUGAGUAUGCAAAAUCAGUUCCCAAACAAAUUAUACAAAAUCGGUAAACUUCUCCUUUAAUAAACGGUACAGUACAGAUACAAGCGCGAAUGAUUUUAUUUCUACUAAUGUACUGGCUGUUACUGUACUUGAUUGGCGCCCUCUUUCUAACAUCUAAAAGUGGAACGUUAUAAUAUUGGUCUGGAUGGUGGCGCUUUAGAACCCCAGACCACUGAUGAGAACAACAGAGCAACUUUGAUGCUGUUGUAGAGAAAAUAAAGACAUUUUUAUUUUCUUCUGCAAAAAAAGUCUGAACACUUGCCAUUAGAAACCUCAUCAAGUUAUUGCAAUAUGGAUGGUGUUGUUUCCACACUAACAAGAAUCCCGUUAAAGGGGGUUGUUAUAGUACAUUUUAUCUUAACAAUUUGGGCAUCGCAAUGUGUAUGGCUGUCUCCUGCAUAUCAAUAUAUGAACCUCUUCCUCUUAAUAGUCGCUCUGUGGGCCAUAGGCACGCCAUCUUCCAUCGAUAGUAUUCAAAUGCUUCUGGUCUUGCACGUCAUAAGCAUCGUAAUGGAGGUUAUACUAAUCAGCGUUUAUUUCCCGAAAUACACGGACGCAGGUUCAACAGAAUUUAAGUUCAGUGCUGCUAUGGCGAUAAUCAACCUUAUCCUCCGACCUAUUACAGCUGUCAUUAUUGCGACGCACUACCGGGCCCGUGGUGGCGAAACUAACAUCGGCUUCUCAAAUCCAACUUACAAAGGCUACGAAAACUUUGACAACCCACCAACGAUUGGGAUCCCACCUCAAGGCAGCACCCCAGCAGGACCGUCUAUGGGUAACCAAUAUGGAGGCCCUUAAGCUCCUAAAAAAAAUAUGGUAACACCUUAGGUUUGCGAGUACAGGUAUCUUUAGUUAAUUCCUGGUAAGUAAAGUAGUUUGUGAACACACGUGCAAUAUAGUGUGCAUGUAGAGACAAGGUUUGUUGGUAACUGUGGAAUUUACUAUUUAAUAAUUUAUUCUAAAAAAUGGCAAUAAUUUCUUGUAAAUAGUGGUAGGUAAUGGUUGCAACGUAAUAUCAAUGUUUGUCAAAAACCCUGCGUAGUUUAUCAAAACCCAGGUAUGAUCUACCUCCCAGCACAAAAGAGGGUGCUCUGUUAGAUUCUCGCAAUUCGUAUUGAAAGUGAAUUAUAAUUAUAAAUACAGCUAUAUGUUUGGAAUGGUAUUUAUUUAUUUCUGAAAUGUUCUGUAAAUCUUAGAAGUCUACAAAUAUCCACAUUUUGAAAAUGGAAUUGAAGUUUGGUCUCAUCAAGUUAUAAUGAGGUCAAAAUAUUUAAAGCUGUUUUUGCAGCAAUGAUUGGUUAUAAUUAAUUUAAAAUUUAUUGUUCGUAUGCAUAAUAGGUUUUAAUUAUAUUGGAGAUAAAAUGUUCAAUAUCCCCGUCAAUCAAAGUAAGCCUUAUUGUUUGAUUGACCUCCAUGUGCUUAGACGGGAAGCAGGCUGGUUUCUCCCCUGACACUUGACCCCUGGUAUUUUUUCUCCUGGACAUUUUCCUCCUAGACUUCCCCCCCCCCCUUUCAAGAAUUUUUAUACAAGGAAUACAUCAAGAUUUAUAUCAUCUCUUUUAUAUUAAAUCUUUAUUAAAUCAAUUGCACAAGUAACAACAAUAUUUACAUGGAGAAUAUGUAUACAAUUGUAGGUGGCAAUGUAUCUAAAUAGUAUAAGACAUGAAUUUCUUAAUGUAAAAACUGACAAAGCUAUAAUUUUUUACAUAAUUAAUUUUUUUUAUAAAACUUAAAUACUUUUGAUUAUCUAUUUCUAUCUAUCCAUAAGGAAUAAAUAAGGUUGAUUACAUUUGCUCUUUAUAGUUAUUAAAUGUUUAUUAUUAUUAUUGUUGUUAUCAUUAUUAUCAUGAAAUUAUCCAUACAGAAUAAACAAGGUUAUUACAUUUGGGGAAAAUGGGGGGUGGGGAAGGGGAAAAUGCCCGGGGAAAACAGCCUAGAACCAUGCUUAGAUAGUGGUGUAGUAAUGGUCUAUAAUUAUAGAGCGGUGCCUAAGUAACGUUGAAGCUGAAGUCAGCCAAGUGUUAACACCGUGUUAAGACCAUGUAUGGCAAGUCAGUCUUAGGGAUCGGAGUAGCGUUGAUUUUGGUUAUUAUAAAAUCCCAACAUUUUAACCAAGAGUGAAUCCACGACAAGUACAACAACCUAUAAAACAAUUUACUCUACUCCGAAUGAAAUUUAUAAUUAUUAUUCCCAAAUUAUAUGUGAAGGAAAUUCAUUGAUCUAGUACAAUGCCAGAGACAAACACACAAUAAGGUACAAAAAAAAA